AUGUCUACUCGUCGUUAUCCGUCGAUCGGUUUUACUUAUUACUUACUUAUGCGUCUAAAAAAAUUUCUUGAUAGUCAAACAAGAAAAAAACAUUCUAUUGUGAAACGAUUAAAACAAUUAUUAUUAAGAAAAUUCUUAUAUUAUUUUGAAACUGAUCAUGAACAGUUGAAUUUAUUAAAAGUAAGUGAGCGAUAGAAACAUGAAAUAUUGUCUCUAUGUAUGUAAUCAGUGCUCACAUAAGCAUUUUUGUUUCUG